AAUUACACACUUCAACUCCCCCGAAAACCCCUUUAUAUUUUCUUUUCUAAGAACCAAAUCAUAGUUUCGAAACUAAAAAAAAAUCUUGAUAUAUCCUUCUAUUUAAGUAAAUCACUACAAAGUCAUGAUGAUGAGUAACAAGAGAAGUAGAGGAGAAAUGGAAGAUAUCAGCAUAGCAAACAUGGCAAAGUUCUUGAUGUUAUUAUCACGUGAGCAAGGAGAUCAUGUCGAUUAUCGAUCCGUGGUUCAGGCACAGAGGAUAUCAAUGAGUACUCAGAGUCGUGUUUUCGAGUGCAAAACAUGCAAUAGACAGUUUCCGUCAUUUCAAGCAUUAGGAGGACAUAGAGCGAGCCACAAGAAACCUAAGUUAAUGGAUCCAUCAACAUUAGAUGAUCAGCAACAAGAAGCAAAACCAAAGAUUCACGAGUGUUCGAUUUGUGGGUUACAGUUUGCUAUUGGACAGGCCUUAGGUGGGCAUAUGAGAAGGCAUAGAACUGCCAUGCUUGAAUCUUCAUUCACAACAGCAGCAGGAUUGUCAUCCUCUUCAUCUGAUGUUACAACUGAUGAUACUACUCCAAAACAAGUACCCGUAUUCAAGAGAUCGAAUAGCAGCAGGAGAAUUCUGGGUCUGAACUUGGAUUUGAAUUUAUCUGAUCCUCUGCCAACAACAAAAGAUAGCAAUGAUUUUGAGUUCUCCACUCUAGUAGCAGCAACCAAAAAGAUGUACACACCACCCAUGUUGUAUAGUUUUAUUUGAUUAAUAUGUAGAGUUCCUUCUAGGCAGCUAGAUUUUACAUAGAAUUCAUUCUUUUAUUGUUCUCAUCAAAUUCCAUGUACUGAAAAGAUCGAUGAUACCUGUUUUUAUAUAUAUUAAUUUACAUUA